GUGCAACAAGGCAACUACAGCCUCUUUAUCCAGCUGAGUGAUCGUAAAGGAUUUGUUGCCACUGCAUGACAUGAAGACUGAAUCAGUGGGUCAGUGUGGACUUGUAGCUUUAGGUCCUUAUUUGAAAAUCCAUUUGUUGGAGUUGUGAGUUUCUUUCUAUUCCAGGGGCUUCAGUGGAGGAAGUAGAGAUACUGCACAGCAGCUCACGUGUCGGCAAGUUAAAGGCAUAUGUCAGAAUGCUUAAGUACCGGCUUUGCAGAUUUUAUAGUCCAUCACUGACAAGAUACACACUCUGCCCCUUCCUUCACUAGACAUAAAGUACACAGAGUACUUGCACAGAGCAGAGGCUUGCAAAUGGUAAUAAACUCUAUUUUUUACUUCAUCAGAAAUGCUACCUAAAUCUGAGAAUAAGGUUCACCCGCAGGAAACAGUCAAGCAGCUGCAGCGGAACAAACGGAGACUAAAUAAAGUGGUUUCUUGUUAUACAAAGCGCUGUGCAUUCGGCUCCUGGAUCAGGGAGAACAUCUGCAAGAGGGAAUGUUGCUUCUUUGAAAAACAUGUCAGAGAGGAUGUAUGUAACUGUGGUUACUCAAAAACUGAUCAUGUGGAUGAAGCCAUCAAGCCAGAGGACUUCACAGGGGAGACAUGGGACAGACACAGACAUGUUCGCGAAGUGCCUACUGAUGCUUUUGGAGACAUCAACUUUGGUGGUUUGGGACAGAAGACAGGAAAGUAUGUGCGAGUGUCCACAGACACCAGCCCUGAAGUCCUGUACCAUUUACUGACUGAACAGUGGAAACUUUCCAGUCCCAACCUGCUGAUCUCAGUGACCGGAGGAGCCAAGAACUUCUAUCUGAAGGCUGGUCUGAAGAACAUGUUCCACAGAGGUCUCAUCAAAGUGGCCCAGACAACAGGUGCAUGGAUCAUCACCGGUGGUACUCACACAGGUGUGAUGAAGCAUGUAGGGCAGGCUGUGAGGGACUACGCCCUAAGCAGCAGCUCCAUGCAGGGUCAGAUUGUAGCUAUCGGAGUGGCAACAUGGGGAGUAAUUCACAACAGGGAUACUUUGGUGAAUUCAGAGGGUUGUUUCCCAGCCCAUUAUCCGAUGGACAUCAAGGGCCAGAGCCGGCUAUCCUGCCUUGAUAAUAACCACACCCACUUCCUGCUGGUGGAUGAUGGAACCCACGGACGAUAUGGCGUGGAGAUUGAACUGCGUAGCCGUCUGGAGAAAUGCAUCUCCAGGAAGCUUCUUGGAAACAAAGAGAGCGGUGUGACCAUCCCUGUGGUGUGUGUGGUUUUGGACGGAGGUCCAGGCACUCUGAAUACUAUAUAUAAUGCCAUGCUGAAUGGUACACCGUGUGUGGUCUUGGAGGGCUCUGGGAGAAUAGCAGAUGUGAUUGCCCAGGUCGCAGGAUUGCCAGUGACCAGGGUCACUAUUGUCCUCAUCCACCAGUUGAUGAAGAAGUUCUUUGGUCAAGAGUAUGAAACCUUUGCUGACCUCAAGAUCAUAAAAUGGACCAAGAUGAUUCAGGACAUCAUUAGGAUGCCGCACUUGCUGACAGUAUUCAGAAUAAGCGAGGAUGUUCAUGGGGACGUGGAUGUGGCUAUUCUUCAAGCACUACUCAAAGCUUCAAGGACCAGCGAGUCACUGGGGAUCGAGAGCUGGAAGAGGCAGCUGGAGCUGGCUAUAGCCUGGAACCGAGUGGAUAUAGCUGAGACUGAGAUUUUCACUGAGGAGAGCCAGUGGAAGUCCAGUGACCUCCACUGGGCCAUGUUCUCAGCCCUGGUUGGCAACAGGCCUCAGUUUGUAAGUCUGCUGCUAGAGAACGGCGUGAGUCUGAGGGAUUUCCUGCAUGAAGAGGAAACUCUGUGUGAGCUCUACAAACAGCUUCCCAGCGGCUUCUUUCUCAACAAGCUAGCCAAGCGGGUCCACAGCUCUCGCAGCAGGAGGCAAACGUUUGGCAUCAGGCUUAGAGCUCAUUCAGGGCAAGGUGAAAUGAUCUCCAUGACUCAUGUAUGCGAUGAGGUGCGCCACCUGCUGGGCAGCUUCACCCAUCCCCUCUACCCUUCCUCCACCAUGACAUACCACCUCAACAUGACUAUGGAGGAUGCAUCUUCAUCACUGUCUAAAAGUCAGACGGACCCCCAAGCUCCACUCAGGGACAACAGUGCUGAAGCACAGAGGGACCCAGGCAGAGACCUUUUCCUUUGGGCUGUCGUCCAGAAUAACAGGGAGCUGGCUGAAAUCGCCUGGGAGCAGUGUAGAGACUGCAUGUCUGCUGCUCUCGCUGCCAGUAAGAUCCUGAAGAAAAUGGCAGCAGAAGGAAGUGAUGCAGACGAGGCGGAGGACAUGAAAGAGCUCGCCAAUCACUAUGAGAACCACGCCAUUGGUGUGUUCAGCCAGUGCCACAACAGUGAUGAAGAGAGGGCUCGGAAGCUGCUGGUUCGUGCGUCACCGUUUUGGGGAAGGACGACGUGCCUGAGGCUGGCACUGGAGGCUGAUGAUAAAAGCUUUGUAGCUCAGUCUGGUGUUCAGGCUCUUCUGACUCAGAUCUGGUGUGGUGAGCUUUCAGUGGACAACCCUGUGUGGAGGGUGAUGGUCUGCAUGGUUUUUUUCCCUCUUAUCUACACUGGCUUCCUGGUUUUCAGACGUGAUGAAGUCAUCCAGAGAGAAACGGAGAGGAGCGAGGAGAUCAAGACAGUUGAGUCUGUGACAGGAAGUACACUUCGAACAAAUUCUCACAGCCUUGACCCCGCCAGGCUGCGGCGCCUGAAGCCUCUGGGCAACUGGUCCAAACUAGUCUGCCUGCACAGCUCUCCGCAGGUGAAGUUUUACUGGAAUAUUGUGUCUUACUUCGCUUUCCUCUUCCUGUUUGCUGUGGUGCUGAUGAUCGACUUCCAGGCUACGCCCUCUGCAGGGGAGCUGCUGCUCUACAUCUGGCUGAUCUCUCUGGUGUGUGAGGAGGUCAGACAGCUGUUUCAUGAUCCUGAUGGCUUUGGGUUUCAUAAGAAAGCCAGGAUGUAUAUCAAUGAUCUGUGGAAUAUUUUAGAUGUUCUGUCCAUCCUCCUGUUUAUUAUUGGCCUUGCAUUUAGGCUGACAUCUAAGUUGUUCUAUGCGGGUAAAGUCCUCCUCUGCAUCGAUUUCGUGGUCUUCUGCCUCCGUCUCAUGGCCAUCUUCACUAUCAGUCGAACUCUGGGACCCAAAAUCAUCAUAGUCAGGAGGAUGAUGAUGGAUAUGUUCUUCUUCAUGUUCCUACUGAGUAUCUGGGUGGUGGCGUACGGCGUGGCCAAACAAGGCAUUCUGAUCCACAAUGACAAUCGGCUGGACUGGAUUGUCCGUGGGGCAGUUUACGAGCCAUACCUCAUCAUAUUUGGGAAUUUUCCCACUAAUAUUGAUUAUACGGCAUUUAACAUAGACUCCUGCAGCAUGAAUGGCACCGACCCUCUGAAGCCCAAGUGUCCCGUGCUUAAUGAAAACCAAACACCAGCCUUCCCUGAGUGGCUCACCAUCAUUAUGCUUUGUGUUUACUUGCUCUUUGCCAACAUACUGUUGCUCAACCUGCUCAUAGCAAUCUUCAACUUUACGUUCCAGGAAGUGCAGGACAACACGGACAGAAUAUGGAAGUUUCAAAGAUAUGAGCUUAUUAAGGAGUACCACAGCCGCCCAGCUGCUCCUCCACCUUUUAUCAUCUUCAGCCAUCUUUACCUCUUCAUCAGCAAACUGGUGCUGCGCAAUCCUCCCAGUAUAUACAGGGAGUUCAAAAAUAAGCUUCCGCCGACAGAGGAUGAGGAGCUGUUGUCCUGGGAGGCCUUGAUGAAAGACAGAUACCUGCUGUCCACACAGCGGGAGCAGAGCCAGAGCACGGAGCGACGCAUCCUUGACACAGCCCAAAAGGUCACCACCAUAACCGAACGGCUGGACAGGGAAGAGGAGUCAAGCUUUGAUGGCAUGUUGAAAAGAAUGGGUCGACUAGAGGAGCAGGUCAUCCAGUCAACCAGAGCCCUGCAGUGGAUUAUGGAUCAUCUGAAAUCUCAGGGUCUUGCCACAAAAGAAGCGCAAUCAAUAUCAUCAACUACAACAGAUGAGACCCCUGAGACUCUGAGAAAUAUGUCAGAGAACGAGGUUGGUUUCCACGCGAAUGCUCGUCAGUUUCACUAUCCGAACAGCAAGAUCACACGCUUCCCUGUGCCUGAGGAGAAAGUGCCGUGGGAGGUCAGCUUCAGCUCAUACAUGCCGGAUUAUUAUGAAGACAGUGGGGACCAUGUGGAUAGAUCAGAACCAGAGGACUUGGAUAAAUACAGAAACCCAGGAGGGCGGACUGGCCUAAGGGGACAAGGUGCACUCAACCAACUGGGUCCAAAUCUGAAUAUAGACCUUGUUGUUACACGCUGGCGUGACAGCGAGAGAUCUGUUUUGGAGUACCUGGCAGUUUGGGACGAGAGCCAAGGAACCUUGGCUUUACCAGGGGGACCGGUCCAAUCUGCUGAUCAGCUGCCAGUGACGCUUAAGAGAACCAUGGGAAAGACGCUGUAUGAAAAGAUAAAUGCAAAAGUAUCAGAGGGAACAAAGGUGUUUGAGGGUUAUGUGGAUGACUGCAGGAACACAGAUAAUGCCUGGGUGCAAACCACUGUGCUUAAUAUUCACCUGAGCAGAACAGACCAGGUGAUGGUAGAUGUCAAUAAUAUGAUGGUGAGCAGCCACGACUCUCUUCAGUGGCAGGAGGUGAGCAGCAAAACAAGACUUGGCUCAAACCAAAGAGACUCUCUGCGGCAGGUUGCUGAGCUGCACAACAGGAAGUUCUGAUUUACACUCUGCUGUAGCUGCAAAUCUGUCUCUUCAUACACAGGUUUAUUUCUGCCUGUUAAAUGUGGCCUUUUUUUCUUUAAAGCUGACAUAUAUCAAUUCUGUUGCACUGAAAGCACUUGACUUGACAAAAUGACUGAAGACAAGAUGCUGUAAAGCCAUAAUGUACAGUACACUGAACUGGACGAUUUUGCAACAUUUGCCAGUAAACUGACACACUGUGUUGUUCACUUAAUACACGUCUAAGAAUUCACAUGUGUACAAUGAGAAUGAAUACUUCAAAUUGUACUACAGUACAAUUUUCAAGUAGUUGUACUUGUGUUUCCCCCCUUUUUGCAACCUCCACAUCUACUUCUAUAUUUCAGAGGGAAUAUUGUACUUUUUACUACACUAUAUUUAUCUGACAGUACACAACACAACAUCAUUAUCAAUAUACUUAGUGGAAUGUGCCAUUAUGUACUCACUAUGUUUAUUGAUCACAAAACUUACAAAUGCAAACCAUUAUCUUAUAUAAAAUGAUGCAUUGUUACAGAUGAAAAUGCCCAACACAAUAUAAAGUAGUUACAUCUGGAGCAUCUGCAAUAUUAAAAUGCUACUUACAAGCAGAUGUAUCAUUGAUAAUAAUCCAAUCUGAACCAUACACCAUAGUGAGUACUUUUAUUUUUGAUAUAUUUUGCUGCUAAUACAUUUACACUUUUACUUGAAUAAAACUGUGAAUGCUGGACUUUCACUUUUUUCCCUCCAUGUCAAGGUAUUGAUGUAUGUUGCAGUUUAUGUCAUAAUCAUAAACUUUCCAAAAUCAAGCACUCUGUGCCUUUACAAUUAUUAAAAUGCUGCUUACUACAAAUUGAGUUGAGUAUUGCCACUGUCCUCUCACCUUGUUCUGAAGAGAGGUUAAACACAACCUGGACACUUCUGGGAUUUCUCUCAGUGCAGUGAACUCAUUCAUAGAUAUCUGCUAUUUGCUCUAAUUUUCGACAGGGGUCCUCUCCACCUGCCAAGCAUGCAGCCAGGUCGCCUUCAGUUUCGGAGCAGCCUCUAAGAGCGCUCAUUGGUUCAGGCAGAAGUGGCCACAUAGUGCAGUAUCGGUUUCACACCCUGUUUUUGCUCCUUCAGAUAAAUCGAUCACUCAUCUAUCAGAAAAACGGUGAUAUUCAUGUAUAAUCGGUGAACUGACUGCAAAGUCCCAAUAUUCGUUUGAAUGAAGACGUUCAAUUUUAAAAAAAAAAGAUUAAACUCAGUGUACUCUGUGCGCACUCUUAUUUAAUAAUAAAAUACCUAUGUUCCUCUGA